AUGGCCCAGUCGCCACCUCCGCACAGCCUCCUCGGCCAAGACCACUGGGUCUUCUCGCAGGGUUGGGGCUGGGAAGGCCAUUCAGUGUCCACGUCCCCGGCCUCCUCGUCGGACUCGUCGGGUUCCUGCCCCUGCGACCCGUCGCUGCCCGCGCCCCCUGCCCGCAGCACCCGCGACCCCGAGCCCACCCCGACGGCGCCCCGACGUGCACGGCCUGGACCCGCCGGUGGCCAGCGGCAGAGCGCCAGUGAGCGCGAGAAGCUGCGCAUGCGGACGCUGGCCCGCGCCCUGCAUGAGCUGCGCCGCUUCCUCCCGCCGUCCGUGGCGCCGGCCGGCCAGAGCCUCACCAAGAUCGAGACCCUGCGCCUGGCCAUCCGCUACAUAGGCCACCUGUCGGCCGUGCUGGGCCUCGGUGAGGACGGCCCGCAGCGUCGGCGCCGGCGGCGCAGCGAGGCUGAGGCCCCCGGCGGCUGCCCGCUGUGCCCCGACGGCUGCAGCGCGGCCCAGGCACUGGCGCUCGGGCCCUGCGGGGGCGCAGGCGCGGCCUGGGGGUCCCCGCCUUCCUGUCCCGGGCCCGGAGUUGCGCCUGAGUACCUGGGGAACAGAGUCCCGGAGACGGAUCCCUGGGCAACGACGUCCCCUUACUGCCCCAAGCUGCAGUCACCCCCGCCCCAAGCCCGAGGGAGAGCCCCAGACGAGGCUGUCUGGAUACCACCCCAAGCUUGUCCCGGAGCACAGACGUGCCCGGAGCCCGGGAACCCCACAACACCCUGGACACCGCCCCCUGCACCGCUACCGGAGCUGGCUGUAGUGUACCAGAGUCUCCCCGUGUCACCAGAGUCCUGUAUGGCCCUAGGAAGCCCAGAACCACCCCGUGCAUCCUGCCCAAGACUGCAGCCUCCACACCAAUGGGGACACUGGAGCCCGGGGCAGCCGGCAGUGGGCCCUGCCCCCAGCUCAGCCCUGCGCCUCAGUGGCUGCCCGGAACUUUGGCAGGAAGAUUUGGAGGAUACCCGCUGGGGCAUCUUCUACUGA